AUGGAUAUGACCGCGGUAGCUGCGUACGAGCUUGUGCAGGACGCGCUGAAUAUCCGGCAGCAUCGUACGCGGGCUAUUAAUGCUAUGAUCGCCUCUCUACCUUCUGUGCAGAAAGACUCUCAGGGUCUAGUCCUAGAGGAGCCAUGCCCGAUAUGUCUGAUGCCAUUUGCAAGCAUAUUCGAGGAGCAAGAAGCGGAGACGGCGAAGGACUCUGAAGGGAAGGAUGAAGGAAAGGAUGAGGCAGAGUUGGGAGGAGUCACCAAACUCGAGGGUUGUGGGCACAUCUUCUGUCGCAGAGAUCUAGUAGAAUGGAUACGUAGUCAGCACGGAAGCUGCCCUACCUGCCGUCAUACCUUCCUCGACAUCGGACAGCCGAUCGAAUCAGACGACGAAUCCUCCGACGGAGGAGAAUACAUUCCCAAUCCCGACGACUUCGAAGACGACGACGAGGAUGCUUACAUUGACGUUGACGGCUUCACCGACACCGAUGCCGAAACCGAUGGCGACUUCCCCGUCCAGCAGAUGGACCUCGACUUCGACGAGAUGUGGGAAGAUGAGUCAGUGAACGAUGCUGCAGUCGGUCUUGCCGAAGACAUUGGUGUGGAGGACGAAGAGAUGGAGGACGCGGAAGAGGAGGAGGACAGAGUCUCCGAGUGGGGACUCACGGAUGGCGAAUCCUCGUCGAUGUCCUCCUCCGAAGGCGAGAUUGCUAUUGACGGCGAUGACGGAGAGGGUAAUAACGCCGCGCUGGAAACGGAGGUUAGCGUUUCCGUGCACGAGGACGAUGACGCCCUCGAGAACGAGCAAGAGGGAGGGCACAUUGCUGUCUCGACAGCAAACGAACAAGAACAACCAAAGUAG